AUGGGUUUUUUGAAUUUCGUUUUCAGAUAUUCAUCAUUGAAUGUUUUAGUUCUCGGCCUGCUUCUCAGCAUCCAUUGCUUCCUCUUUGUCCAAUCACAAGAGUUACGGCAACCUCAAUCACCACCUCCUCCUCCGUCUCCGGCUGAGAAUACCUUGCCGCCAACUCCUCAAUCUGGCAAUACGCCACCGAUUCCACAGCUCAGUCCGCCUCUUCCUCCUCCCCUGACUCCGCCUCCGCCACCAUCACCAUCACCUCCACCUCCUCCUCCACCGCCUGCUCCUUCUCCACCUCCGCCACCUCCACCGAUUUCAAAACCCCCACCCCCUCGGCGUCACGCUUCGCCUCCACAAUCUAAUAGAAGGCUUCGGCCGCCAUCUCCUCCUCCACCUCCUCCUCCGCCGGCGCGGACCUUCAAGCAGACGGAGAAAAGUGGAUUAAACACUGGGAAAACGGUGGGUCUGGUAUUUGCUGGGUUUGCAGCGAUGUUGCAGAUUUGCGUUGUUGCCUUCUUGGUUUUCAAGAGAAAGCAGCUUCUGAGGAUGACACACACUUACUGA